AUGAGCUUCCCGAAGUCCGCGUGGAUCUCUUGGACCUGCGCUGGACCGCCUCCGGCGCCGCCCCCGGCGCGCCCCCUUCCGCCAGGGAGGUGGGCCGGGCGCCGAUCCAAGAAGUCCGCGCGAACCUCCGAAAGUCUAUGCCCGUGCAGGGCGUUGCUCCUCCCUGGGGGUCCCACUGUCUUCGCUGGUCGAUCGACGUCCCUUUCUGUUCGCACCUGUCGCCUAGCCGAACCCCCGCGGCCCGCGCGGCGCCGACUCGCCCCUCUGGCUCGGCAGGGUCCCCGACCCCGCGCGCAGCGCCCCGUCUCCGCCCCCCGCCCGGCUUCGUCCGAGGCCGUCAUUGGACCUCGCGGGGCGCUGGCUUCUGUCGCUCGGCCCCGCCCCCCUGGCCGUUCGCCCGGCACGUGCCGCCAGGCUGCUGACACACGUAGUCACCUCCAGCGCCGCCCGCGGCCACUUCGGCCCAGCUGUUCGUAUACCGGUACUGCACCGAGCUCGGCGGGCGGGCCGGCCAGGGCUGCCCUCCCUGGCGGCAUGGCUGGCGCGGCAGCGCCGCGGCGGCGCAGCGGUACGGCACUGGUGCCGCUCCUGGCGGCUCUCUGCGGCGCCGCGGAGUGCCUGUCGGUGGGCGGCGGCCAGGCCGAGUCCCACGUAUACGUGGAGCCUCAGGCCGUGGCGUUCUCCGACGCCGAUGACACGGGCGCCUGGCAGCGGAAGGUCCUCGUUGCCGACGGCCGGGGUGUGCACAUGGGCGAGUUGGCGAUUGAGCAGCUCGCCCAGGGCGCGAAGGCGGAUCGGGCGCUUAGCGCCGCCGACACGCAGCUGUACUUCGGGCUCGGCGGGCAGUGCACCGUCGCAGCCAACGGGGAAACGGCCGCGCUGGCCCGCGGCGUAAGCGUGCUGGUGAGGCCGGGGACUCGGCACUCCCUGGUGGGCUCGGACCAUGGGCCACCUUGCCAGGUGCUGUCCGUCGGGCUGCACUCUGGAAGCUGGCUCGACGGCGCGCGGGGCCCCGCGCUCCGGCGGGCCGACGACGGGCAGCUGCCCUCGGAGAAGACGGCGCACGAGAGCGCCCUGCUCUCCAAGCGCGUGCACGCCAGGCGCGGCCUGGUGCCUGGCCUGAUGCAGCUCUCGGUGGCGCGUUUCCAGCCCAGGGCGGAGUGCGAGCUGCACCGCCACGCCACGGGGACGGAGGUGUACGUCAACUACGGCGGUAAGGGCUGCCACCUGACCGUCCUCGACGAUAGCACCGGCGCCAGGAGGAAUGACACCCACGACAUCUCUGGCGGCAUCGUGGACGUUAUCAACCCUGGCAGCUGGCACGAGGCCUGGAACGACGCGCAGGAGCACUGCGAGAACAUCAACAUGCUGCUGGCAGACCCCCGCGAGUGAGCCGAGUGCUGGCGUGCGGGUUCGUGCGCGCGCCGCUCGGGAAGGGCGCGCGCUUCUCUGCCCAUUAGCCCCUCCCUCCCCCAUCCCUCCUCCUUCCUUGCUAGACCUGCAGGCCGCCCAUGUAGGAGCUGGAGUGGAUCUGGCGUGGUUGCAGCCCUGACG